AUGGCUGAUACUCGAGGAGGUUCCUCUUCACAUCGCGGAGAGAGUUCGUCACAGGGUGAGAGGCGGAGACCUACAACUUCUGCUCGUAGAAGACGUGGAGCAGUUGACUCUGAUAUUCAUGUUGAGGACCAUGGAGAUGUGAGGUUUCACGAGGAUGUAGUUGAGGAUCAUGCAUAUGAGGAGCAUGAUAUUGAGCAAGAGGAGGAUCAUGAGGAUGUUGCUGAAGGUGGAUUUCCUGGAGGUCCAUUAAACGCUUCAAUAUUGACACAUUACAUUCACCAUGUUGCUUAUGCGAUAUGGCAUGGUCGGGAACGGGAGAAGAUCAAGUUGAUCUCCCAUGGGAAGAAGUUAAACAGAUUAGGAUCCUGCCACGAGGGCAUUAGAGACAUCGUUAAUGGUUCUGGUCUGAUGUCUUUGGUGGGCAUGCCAUAUGACUAUGUCGAUAGGGGUCUACUGUUGGCAUUUGUAGAGAGAUUUCAUUUCGAGACUAGUAGUUUUCAUCUCCCCAUGGGUGAGAUGACUUUGACUUUAGAUGAUGUGUCAUCGUUGCUGUACCUCCCAGUUUUAGGGCAGUUAUGA